CUUUUUUGAAAAAAUGUUCGCUCGAAGCUUUUUGUCAUCGUCAUAUUUAAGCUCAUAAAGGUGAUUGAUGUUCAACGUUGCCUAUAAAACAAUCGACUAAACGUUUAUCACUGUUAUUCUACGAGUAAACUUGACAGCAUCGUUGACAAUGGUUUUGAGACUACUCUCAGUUGUUGUAAUAGUUUUAUUACUGAAUUUGAAUUCAGGAGCAGCUGCACAAAAAUGCAAAUUGGCAAAAGCGCGACUUCUUAACUGGAAUAAGCUUGAUGGACUGUGGUACAACACAUUUUGUCAUGUCGAUGAUGCAACUCAAUUAAAAGGACGUUGUAACAGCAUGAUCGUUGUACGAUCUUUUGGAUAUGAUGGAGUCGCAGUCGUGAAGAACGUAAUGCCACAAAAAGUUACAACCGAUACAGAAAAAGAUGUUGCCCCACAAAGCGUAGCAGAAUAUUUCAUCGCAGUUGAUCCAGGAAUCUACAGGCUGGAUCAAUCAUCUGAAUUACAAUGGAUCAACACCAAGAAUUUGGAGAAAAUUAUGACAAAAGAUAAAAUGACUUCCUACGUCAACGCUAUCUCCGAGCAUUACACAAACGAUUUCGCCGUAACGACUAAUUAUAGAAACUUUCUCAUGAUAAGUCAAUGCAAUCGCGAAGGAAAGUACUCUGUUUGGGUUUACACGAAAACACCGAAUCCUGACGAAGAAGUGAAAACGGAAAUUGAAAAUAAUAUGAGAUUUAGAAAAAUCGACGCUCAGUUGCAGAAGAAUGACGGGUGUGUUGCAACUAUCAGCAGUAUUUUUGAGCAGAGAUCUGAGCCAAAAUAAAAUAAAACAUUGUUUUCAGUAUUUGUGUAUACUUUCCAAAAUAGUUUAAGUACAGCUUUUAAUGUUGUGUAGUAUCACUUUAAUAUCAACAAUUCAGUUUCAUUUAAUAUUUUCAUGUUUAGAAUAUGUUUGUUAGAUUAUGUACAUAUUGUGCUUGUUUGCUUUCAACGUCUAGUCUAAUACAUACAAUAUAAUGUUGUAAUAACCCAAUAAACAUU